CUUUUUCCUUGGUUUCGAAGACCAYUGAACCGUACGCAGUACUGUGACGACGAAGUAAUGCUCAUCUUCAGCCACCUGACGCAUUCAAUAACCUCUCCUUUAAUAAUACUGUAUCACUUCAAGCGGAACCAUGAGGAAGACCGCCCUUCUGUCAUUCGCAGUGAUCGCUUUUAUUUCACACAAGCACGUGACCUAUGUCAACGCAUUGAACUACGAUGUUUUGCGGGGUUCAAUAUCAACGACAAAAAUACACGAUAGUGGCCAUCGUCGGCAGUUGCCAGAAGCGUAUGAAGGGGAACCAAGCCACAAAGAAAAAAGCGACGGAAGCGACAAACAGGAUAAAACGGAUCGCAACAAGGUAGAAUAUCCAAGUAGCUCACCUUCUGCGUUGCCUGACAAGGAAGAUAAACUGGAUCGAAAAAAAGUAGAAUUUCCAACUAGCUCGCCCUCUGUACCACCGCCGCCAGAUUGGGCACGGCCUUGGAAUACAGCGUCCCCGACCUCCUUGCCUCCAAAGUGGGCACGGCCCUGGAAUACAGCGUCCCCAACCGCGAUGAAAACGACGAAUGCUCCCAUUUCAACGGGAACACCGAGCUCUAAUCGAGAAGUGGCCUCAACGAUAACGCCGUCUUUCAAAUCAUCUCCUUUGUUAGAUCCGACUUCUCACGUUGAACCCGUUCUUAUGAUAAGUCCAACAGCUAUCCCAACAACAAUCUCAUCAAUGAAAGAACUUCCUACCCUCACGACGGUAUCCAAAACACCAACUCCUACUUUGAAGCCAUUUCCUGAACCUGCAGCAGAAUCCCCAACAAUGGAUCCAACUUUGAAACCGAUAUCGAUUUUUCUUAAGCCACCAACGAUAGUGCCGUCGGUCAUAUCAUCUCCUACGUUAGAUCCGACUUCUCACAUUGAACCUGUUCUUAUGAUAAGUCCAACAGCUAUCCCAACAACAAUCUCACCGAUGAAAGAACUUCCUACCCUCACGACGGUAUCCAAAACACCAACUCCUACUUUGAAGCCAUUUCCUGAACCUGCAGCGGAAUCCCCAACAAUGGAUCCAACUUUGAAACCGAUAUCGAUUUUUCUUAAGACACCAACACUUUUUGUCGAUACCACGACACCAUCGCUUGCUUCUGAGCCUUCUUUUUCCAACAGUUUGAAGGAAGCUUCGCCCUUUCUCCUUCUUGCUGAAGAAUUGAGCGAAAGGUAUGUGACUGAUGCGAAACAACCAUCGUCUGAACCGACGAAAAAUUUUCUUGUAGCAGAAAACUURAAACAAAUUGUGUCACCGUCAUUCUUGAAUAAAACUUCACAACCUUCGAUCAAACCAAGUGAACAUGCUACCAAGUYGCCUAGUUUCAGACCUUCYUCCGAGCCUACAACUGAUACCACAUCAGACCCGACGAGUUUUCCUUCAUCCAAAAUAACUAAUACUCCCACCA